AUGAGGAACAUCCUGCAGCUGUUCGCGAACCCUCCUCGUCCUCUCUCCUCCCUCCCCAACAUCAACAUGCUCUGGGCUGUGCUCACUGUGGAGGAGCUGUGCCGGUGUGGAGUGACUGUCUUCUGCCUGUGCCCGGGCUCCAGGUCGACUCCUCUCGCCGUUGCUGUCUCCUGGAACGCCAAGGCGACGUCAGUUGUCAUGCACGAUGAGAGGAGCGCUGGCUUCUACUGCGUGGGAUACGCACGAGCGAAGAGGAAGCCCGCUGCCUGCAUUGUCACCUCCGGCACAGCAGUGGCGAACCUGCUCCCCGCUGCAGUGGAGGCCUCACAGCAGGGCCUGCCGAUGCUCCUCCUGACUGCCGACAGGCCGUUCGAGCUACGGGACAACGGGUCGAACCAGACGAUCGAGCAGGCAGGAAUCUUCGGGCGCUACGUCAGGUGGAGCAGGGACCUCUGCUGCCCCUCCGACCAGAUCCCCGCCAACGUCCUCCUCUCCGACGUCGACUUCGCCGUUCAUCGCGCCUCCUCCUCGCCUCGUGGCCCCGUCCACCUCAACUUUCAGUUCCGGGAGAACCUCGCCCCUGACGGCGGGCCCGUCCGCGACAACCCGCCGGGCAACCCGAUCAGCAGCACGUGGAGCAGGGCGUGUAUCGCCUCCCUCAACAUGGCCAAGUGGGAGCAUUCGGCGCUGCCUCAUACGCUGUAUCCCUCCUCCUCCUCCCACGUCGAGGUCCCAGCAGAGGUCUUGAGCUCCAUGGCGCGUGCGAGGAGAGGCCUCGUCGUCGUCGGCAACCUCUUCACAGCAGAGGACAUGGCGACCGUCGGGUGGGUCGCGGCUGAGCUAUGCUGGCCCGUGUGGUGCGACGCUCAGUCGGGGGGCCGUUGGGACUUCGGGCCGUUCGGAAUGCGAGGAGUGAGCAUGAUGGACCAGAUGCUGACCAACCAGAGGGUCAGCGGGGCCCUCCGGCCUGAUUUCAUCCUUCAGUUUGGGGAGAGGCUGGUCAGCAAGCGCAUCCUCUCCCUUAUCUCCUCCUGCUGCUACAGCGACCGCUGCUCCUACGUGGUUGUCUCCGAUGCCCCUGGGAGGCAGGACCCCUCCGCUAUAGUCACCCACUACCUCUCGUGCUCUCCUACCGACUUCGGCAAGCAGCUGUCAAGGUGGAUGCAGCACAACAGGAUCUAUCCUAGCGAUCUCCUUCCCCUGGAGAAGAUGUCGGAGCAUGCGAGGACGGCCCUGUGGUCGUCGCUGUCGGGCUACAAGGACCUUGAGGAGCCGCUCAUUGCUCUCCGUUGCUCCGAGAGCCUCGCAAGAGGACGCGCUCUCUUCGUCUCGAGCUCCAUGCCCAUCCGAGACGUCGACAUGUUCUUCCAUGCUGCCCUCUCCCGCGAGCGACCGGAGAUCGGAUGCAACCGAGGCGCCUCCGGCAUCGACGGCAUCGUCUCCUCCGCGCUAGGGUACGCUGGAGGCAGGGGUCGACCGCUGACCCUCCUCCUCGGCGACACGGCAGCGCUCUACGACCUCAGUGCCAUCCGGCAUGUACCGGACUGCCCGCAUCCUGUGGUGCUGGUGAUUGUGAACAACGGGGGGUGCGGCAUCUUCAGGUUCCUGCCCAUCGCCCAGCAUGAGGAGAUGAUGGAGAAAUUCUUCAUCAACUCCCACCAGAUCGACUUCGAGAGCCUCGCUCGCUCGUUCGGCAUAGACUACAUGCACGCCGCUACUGCAGGUUGGCUCCUCCUACCUUGCUGCUGA